AUGCAGGAGAGCAGCUUCCAAGUGGCCGAUACUCAAUUAGUCAGCACUCCAACCACCUCUGCCAUUGCUCCUACACAGGAGCAGCACAUUGAAGCAAUUGAGAUUCUAAAAGAUGAGGAUGAUGGGAACAUCUUUGCAUGGCUCAAGCUUGCUCGAUCGCUAGAGCAAAGCCUUCCAAAUCGCUCAGAUCACGCAUGCCUAACACGCGAUCAAGUCCGAGCUAUCGCAGCCUUGAGGCAAUGCGCAAGCAUCGACGUUAGCGCUUGGUUAUAUUCAGCUCGCACCCUGAGCGGUUUUGAAAUUGACGACGUUUCCGUCUCACCUCCUAUACACCAAUGGCUGCUCAACCAAGGGCAUGGAGUCCAACCUAUCUCGUCUGAUGCAAGCACCCCUGGCCCAAUCAACCACCCACCUGAUAUUGAGGCCAAACAGCAAGCCCUUACGCAGGGCUCCUUGACGCAGCGUUUUCUUACGGCGACUAUUCCACCCCCUUCAGCAAAGGCCAAGUACUACUGUACCCUCUGCGACUACGUCAGACCAUUCAAGAACCAAUCCGACUGGAAGAAACAUGAAAGGGAGCAUGAUACGACCUACUUCUGCAUGCUUAAGGGGCCAAGAGAAGCUACACCACAAGGGUCUCAAUGUGCGUUCUGCGGGGUUUCAAAUCCACAUGACGAUCACCUCUUAGAGCACAACGCUCAAGCGUGUCUGCCAGGACCGCCGGAAUCCUUUUCCUCCAAAAGACGGCAUGACAUGGUCAACCAUUUGAAUAAAAUACAUGGUAUUCACCUUAAGUCGCAAGGUGAAGCAAUCGCAGUGAAGUUCAAGUACACAGUGGAGAAGCAAGCCUGGUCUUGUGGUUUCUGCAUCAGUACCUUCGUCACUUUCAACGACCGUCUGAGCCAUAUCGCUAUCCAGCACUUCGAACGUGGUCAAACUAUCGAUCAAUGGGACGCCACUAAAGUCAUUCAAGGUCUUCUUCAACAGUCAAGCAUGACCAAAGCUUGGAAGGGCAAAGUGGCAUCCUUAUCGGCUUGGGAGGUUCCAGACAUUAUCUGGAUGGAAGAUGCCAUCAAAGAAUUACAAAAUGAUCUUGAAGUAGGUCCAAACGACGAGAAGGGCGCAGUAGAUCUGGCGGAAGCAGCCUACAUUGCGUGCCGGAUGAAUUGGGGUAUGGAAAACCAACAAGCCAUGGCUGUUGCUGAGUCAAAUGUUGAUAGGACACUCAUUGCGACCUCAUUCUCACCAAAUCAGUUCCAAGCGCCGCUGGCAUCUGCACCAGCAUUUGGUUCCAACGACCAUCAGUCUCUAUCAGCAGUCCAGGAAUUCAACGAAUUUUCUUCUAGUAGGCCGGCAACUCAGGCCACCCCCCUGGGGGACUACGGCUACAGCAGCGCACCCAUGGCCCAUCUGAACGACAGCAAGAAUAUAGCCUUGGUCCCCUCUCCGUUCUGUCCUCAGCAAAGCCAGUAA